CUCACCUAGCCCUUCAGAUUGGUGGUCGUCUUCUUCCUCUGUAAACUAGCCUUUUCUGCCUCCCCAUCUCUCCGUCGAAGCCAUCACACAUCAUGUCUUCUGCUUCAUUUCUUAUGUUUUCUGAGUCUAAGUACAGUGAUACUAGAAAAGGGGAUUCAGAAAAGGCAGUGGAGAGGGCUUCUUCCUCUAUGCUGACCGGCGGCUACCACUAUGCCGACGAGGAGCAGCGUGCACCAAUUGUCCUGAAACCAGCGGGGCAUGGCGCACCUGCUGUUGCUGCUCCGGCCUUCCGUGACGAACUCGAUGAUGUGUAUGAGGGCGGGUCUUCUUCUGCAAAUGACGACCACCAGAUGGAGGCCGCCGAAGAUCUCCGGUACCGGACCCAGUCCUUCCAGGCGCUGCACCAGGGAGUGGUGGAUGGCAGCAGGAGCGUGGAGGAGAAGUGCGCUUGGCUUCGGUCUCAGCUGAUUGGGGAGGAUGUUGAGUUCGAUACUCCCUUCGGGAAGCGCCGCCUCACCUACGCCGACCACACCGCCUCCGGCAGGAGCCUCCACCAUAUUGAGAACUACAUCAUCCAAAAUGUCCUGCCAUUCUACGGAAAUACCCACACAGAUGACAGCUUCGUCGGCCACCGGACGACGAAGAUGGUGCAUGACGCGGCCAAAUACAUAAAGACCUGCAUGGGGGGCGGCGCCGACGACGCCUUGCUCUUCUGCGGCUCGGGGACGACGGCGGCGAUCAAGCGGCUGCAGGAGGUGAUGGGCAUCGCGGUGCCGUCCACGAUGAGGUCGAGGGUGCUCGGCUUGCUGAGGCCGGAGGAGAGGUGGGUGGUGUUCGUGGGGCCAUACGAGCAUCACUCUAACCUGCUUUCGUGGCGGCAGUCGCUGGCGGAGGUGGUGGAGAUCGGAGUUGACAGGGAGGGGCUGGUGGACAUGGAGGCGCUGCGCUGGGAGCUGAAGUCGGCCAAGUACGCGAACCGACCCCUGCUGGGCUCGUUCUCCGCCUGCAGCAACGUCACGGGAAUCCACACAGACACUCGAGCCUUGGCUCGGCUCUUGCACAAGCAUGGCGCCUUCGCUUGCUUCGACUUUGCUGCUAGUGGGCCAUAUGUGAAGAUCGACAUGCGAUCGGGGGAGCUUGAAGGGUAUGACGCAGUGUUCUUGAGCCCUCACAAGUUCGUCGGCGGGCCGGGAACACCAGGGAUUCUGCUCAUGAGCAAGACCCUCUAUUGCCUCCGAUCAUCCCCACCUUCCUCCUGUGGUGGAGGAACUGUGGCCUUCGUUAAUGGCUUCAGUGAGCAGGACACCUUAUACUAUGAGGAGAUAGAGGAGAGGGAGGACGCCGGAACUCCGGCGAUCGUCCAGAAGAUCCGGGCGGCCCUGGCUUUCUGGGUGAAGGAGUACAUGGGCUACCACCUCAUCGAAGCCCAGGAGUCUUUCUGGCUCGAACGGGCGCUUAAGAGGCUGCUCUCCAACCCAAACGUGGUCGUCCUCGGCAACACCAAGGCCAAUCGCCAGCCAAUCCUCUCCUUCUUGGUCCACACGACCUCUCCCGCGGAGACGACGUAUUCAGGAGAGAAAGGGGACCGGAGUAGUGGCGUGUUCAUGUGGAAGGAGAGGGCCACAAGGAGGGACAAACCACUCCAUGGCCGCUUCGUUACCAAGCUCCUGAACGAUCUCUUUGGAAUCCAAGCUCGCGGUGGCUGUGCCUGCGCUGGCCCCUACGGCCACAUAUUGCUCGGUGUGGGGAAGGAGCAAUCUCUUGCCUUCCGAUCUGCAAUCCAAAAGGGCUAUAAUGGACUCAAGCCUGGUUGGACAAGAAUCAGUCUCUCAUACUACAUUUCCAAUGAAGAGUUCGAGUUCAUACUUGCCGCCAUUGAGUUCAUUGCCAUCUACGGCCAGCGCUUCCUCCCACUCUACCGCUUUAGCUGGAAAACCGGCGACUGGACGUGCAGGAAGAGCGCGGUCAGCAGCGUCGUGAAUGGCAACCUUGAACCAGCAGGCAGAGACGGAUGGCUGUCAACUUCUGGUUCCCUAAUCUCAAACGGAAACGCCAUGACCCUCGUUGAGCGCAAGUAUGCGUCGUAUCUCGAGAACGCCAAGCUCGCCGCCGAUGCCCUCGACAGGUUCCCUCCGGCACGGCAGAUUCCUCCAGAAGUUGAUCAAGACCUCGUUCUUUUCAGGGUCUGAUGUCGACGACGUAGCCUAACCAAAUACUUUAUGUACACUUGUUUACAUGUGAAAGGCUUUUAACACUUUUCCAUUAAAAAUGUACAUCUAUGUGAUUAUCUAAACACGUUUAUAUGAGUUCCUUACAUUUGCUUUUGUC